GGGGCGACGGCUAGGGAGGCGGAAGUGCGGUUUCCCGGAGGCGGCUGUCUCGGGACCGGCAGGAAGAGGUUCCCGAGGCGGGGGGCCGGGCCAGGAUGGCGGCGGCGGCGGCCGGGGCCGGGGCAGCCCAAGAGAAGCAGUUCCCGCCGGCUCUGCUGAGCUUUUUCAUCUACAAUCCGACUUUCGGGCCGCGCGAGGGAGAGGAAGAAAAUAAAAUUUUGUUUUAUUAUCCAAAUGAAGUAGAGAAGAAUGAAAAAAUUAGAAAUGUCGGGUUAUGUGAGGCCAUUGUACAGUUUACAAGGACCUUUAGUCCAUCGAAACCUGCAAAAUCUUUACAUACACAGAAGAACAGGCAGUUCUUCAACGAACCGGAAGAAAAUUUCUGGAUGGUCAUGGUUGUUCGGAAUCCUAUCAUUGAAAAGCAGAGUAAAGAUGGAAAACCAGUUGUUGAAUACCAAGAGGAGGAGUUGUUGGACAAGGUGUACAGCUCGGUGCUGCAGCAGUGCUACAGCAUGUACAAGCUCUUCAAUGGCACCUUCCUGAGAGCCAUGGAACACGGGGGUGUCAGGCUCCUAAAGGAACGAUUAGAGAAAUUCUUCCAUCGGUAUCUGCAAACACUGCACCUGCAGUCGUGCGACCUGCUGGACAUCUUCGGGGGGAUCAGCUUCUUCCCGCUGGAUAAGAUGACCUACCUGAAGAUCCAGUCCUUCAUCAACAGAAUGGAGGAGAGCCUGAGCAUCGUCAAGUACACCGCCUUCCUCUACAACGACCAGCUCAUCUGGAGUGGCCUGGAACAGGACGACAUGCGCAUCCUGUACAAAUACCUCACCACGUCGCUGUUUCCCAGGCACAUCGAACCCGAGCUGGCAGGAAGGGAUUCUCCCGUAAGGGCAGAGAUGCCGGGAAACCUUCAACACUACGGAAGGUUUCUGACUGGACCCCUGAACCUGAACGACCCGGAAGCAAAAUGCAGAUUCCCCAAAAUCUUUGUAAAUACAGACGACACUUACGAAGCCCUCCAUUUAAUCGUUUAUAAGGCCAUGAGUGCAGCCGUGUGCUUCAUGAUCGAUGCCUCGGUGCAGCCGACGUUGGACUUCUGCCGAAGAUUGGACAGCAUUGUGGGGCCCCAGCUCACGGUGCUGGCUUCUGACAUUUGUGAGCAGUUUAACAUCAACAAAAGAGUGUCUGGGUCUGAGAAGGAGCCCCAGUUCAAGUUCAUCUACUUCAACCACAUGAACUUGGCGGAGAAGAGCACGAUCCACAUGAGGAAGACCCCCAGCGUGUCCCUGACGUCUGUCCACCCGGACCUGAUGAAGAUCCUGGGCGACAUCAACAGUGACUUCACGCGGGUGGACGAGGACGAGGAAAUCAUCGUGAAAGCCAUGAGCGACUACUGGGUGGUGGGGAAGAAGUCUGACCAGCGGGAGCUCUACGUGAUCUUGAACCAGAAGAAUGCCAACCUGAUUGAAGUAAAUGAAGAGGUGAAGAGGCUGUGUGCCACGCAGUUCAACAACAUCUUCUUCCUGGACUGACGGCGGGGCUCCCGGGCGUCGCCCAGAAACCGCGCGGCUGGCGCGCGCCUCGUCCCGCUGCGGGCUGCUGGUCGUGUUCGGGACCGGACCGGGACAACAGUAAAGCAAUACUUGCUUUGAAGAAUCAAUUUCUACUCAGUGUGACGAUCCCCUGGAGUUUUUAGAUUUUAAAUAUUUAUGUGCAAUUAAAGGUAGUUGGCUACAUCUCUAUCAUUCCAUUCUUUUGACAUUAUGUGAAUAUUUUACUGAAUAAAUGAGACUAAUAAAUUGUUAAAGUUUUUAA